AUGGGGCGGUGGCGGAGGCUGCUCCGGGCGUUUGGCUGCUUCCUCUUACUGUGGCUGCUGUUCCUUGGGCCUGGGGCUGCUGGGGAGCGCCCGUUGCAAGUAUUGCACGGCUGCCUGUUUGAUAGAAGAUUAUGUUCCCAGCAGGAAGUCUGUGUGCAAGAUGGCUUGUUUGGUCAGUGCCAGGAAAGCUCACUGCAAGACCGGCCCUACUUCCAAGUCACGGCACCUGUGCUCCAGCGUCUACAAGAUGUGCUCCGGCACCUUAUGACACAGGGUUUAUCAUGGCAGGAUGACAUCACACAAUACGUGAUCUCCCGAGAAAUGGAACGCAUCCCUACAGUUCACCUUCCCCCUUCACGGGACUUGGUGUCUGAGGACAGGUUCCCACCAAUCCACCUGGUUCCCAGAAGAUCUUCUUUACCAUCUGAGCCUGCCUCCUUCCAAGCUUCUCACCAGCCCCCUCUCCCUCCAUCACUCCUGCAGCGGUAUCUGGAGCUGCUGCUGCCCUCUCACCCCGAGAUCGGCUAUAAGGAGGCUUUCCUUUCCUCCUACCCUCACUACCAGUUUGGCUACUCAGACGGCCCAUUCCAGGACAACUCCAACCCUCGGAACCCGGAGGCCCCCAUACUCUUGGACCGAGCUGCUGCCUCAAAGAGCCUGUUUGGAGUCGGCACUGCCCCUUCAUAUAGGGGGCAGCAGGGACUGGAUGGAGGCCAGCUUUUCCAAGAUUUGGGAGCACUUUAUUUGACUCAGAAGCAGACAGGUAAAUCCAGCACUAGGGAUCAACAACACACACAGGAUUCCAGGACAGAUGGCUCCAUUCAGGACUAUGGCGAUCACUCUGAAGAUGGAGAGGAACCCUGGACACCCCUGGCAGAACCAAAUCAAUCUAUACAGAGACUCUCAGCAGUGCUUGAUAGCUAUGGGAUCAGACUAAAGGACCUCAGUUCCCAGCAGCUCAGCUCUCUCAUCGGUCUGCUCCGGCUCCUUCAAAGUCCAGGAGGUGGGCUUGGACCCCAGACCCCAGAGUUUAAGCGGGUAACAGAAGCUGAAAUGCAACAUGGGGAUGAGCUGGAACCGCCACCCUCUCAAGAGAGCUAUGUUAGUUCUAACCCCACUGAGGGGCAGAUUCUGGCUCAGGUUGAGGCCCUUGGUCCAACCAAGGCCAAAGAAUGGACGAUAACAGUUUCCCCAGAACAGCCUGAGCCCCUGCAGCCUGGUGAGGGGGACAAAACUGGUCCUGAGGGGCAGGUGGUUGUGAAGAAGAGCCGUUCAGCAUUAGGGGGACCUGGCAGGGCCGAGGAACAGCCGGAGACAGCGUUGGCUGCUGAGGAAUAUGGCUACAUUGUCACCGAUCAGAAGCCCCUGGGUCUUGCUGCUGGCAUCCGGCUUCUGGAGAUCCUGGCUGAACAUGUGCACUUGUCGACUGCCAGUUUCAUCAACAUCAGUGUUGUGGGCCCAGCUCUCACCUUCCGCAUCCGUCAAAACCACCAAAAUUUAUCACUGGGUGACGUGGCCAACAGGGCUGCACUGGUAAAACCACAGUUGGAAUCAGAGGUGGGAGUAAAGAUCCUACAGACAGGUGUGGGGCAGCGCAAUGAGGCUGCAACAUACCCACGUCCUGUGCAUUUUGGUGACACCUUUCGCUCAGUACUGCUCACCUUUGUGGCACUGGCCUGUGUAGCAGGCAUUGUCAUUGCUGCUGCGGUGGUCUUCUGUUUGCGCCAGCAUGCCAAACAACGUGAGAAAGAGCGGCUGGCCGGGCUGGGACCGGAGGGAGCAGCUGAUAGCACCUUUGAGUACCAGGAGCUAUGUCGGCAGCACAUGGCUGCUAAGUCAUUGUUUGGCCGUGCGGAAACACCCCCUGCUCCUGCCCCAGCUGAGAACUCCCGUGUGAGCAGUGUCUCUUCACAGUUCAGUGAUGCACCUCAGGCCAGCCCCAGCUCCCAUAGCAGCACACCAUCCUGGUGCGAGGAGCCUGUGCAAUCCAACAUGGACAUCUCCACUGGGCACAUGAUCCUGGCAUACAUGGAGGACCAUCUGCGCAACCGGGAUCGGUUAGCCAAAGAGUGGCAAGCCCUGUGCGCAUACCAGGCGGAACCUAAUUCCUGUGAUGUGGCCCAGCAUGAAGCAAACAUCAAGAAAAACCGUAACCCGGAUUAUGUGCCCUAUGACCACGCACGCAUCAAGCUGAAAGCAGAGAGCAACCCAUCCCGGAGUGAUUUCAUCAAUGCCAGUCCCAUUAUCGACCAUGACCCACGGAUGCCAGCAUACAUUGCCACGCAGGGGCCACUCUCCCACACCAUUGCUGACUUCUGGCAGAUGGUGUGGGAGAAUGGCUGCACUGUAAUUGUAAUGCUCAGCCCUCUCCUGGAGGAUGGCAUCAAGCAAUGUGACCGUUACUGGCCUGAUGAAGGCUCCUCACUCUACCAUAUAUAUGAGGUGAACCUGGUAUCAGAACACAUAUGGUGUGAGGAUUUCCUGGUGCGCAGCUUCUACCUGAAGAAUGUGCAGUCCCAGGAGACAAGGACCCUGACGCAGUUUCACUUCCUGAGCUGGCCAGCAGAAGGCAUCCCUACCACUACACGGCCUCUUCUUGACUUCCGCAGGAAGGUGAACAAGUGCUACCGGGGUCGCUCAUGCCCAAUCAUUGUACAUUGCAGUGAUGGAGCUGGGAGGACUGGGACUUACAUCCUAAUUGACAUGGUUCUGAACCGAAUGGCCAAAGGUGUGAAGGAGAUUGAUAUUGCAGCCACCCUAGAGCAUGUGCGUGAUCAGCGGCCUGGCAUGGUACAGACUAAGGACCAGUUUGAGUUUGCGCUGACAGCUGUGGCAGAGGAGGUGAAUGCGAUCCUGAAGGCACUGCCACAAUGAGGCCCACCCACGGUGCACCCAAGCUUUGUGACCAGUCUCCCACUAUGACCCUACACCUCUGCUGUGCUCUGCCCUUGCUUGGGGUGUUCUUUCCAUCAAGUCCAUCACCAUGUUGUUGGCCAUGGCUGCAUUUUAAGUCAUCUGCAGGGAUGCUGGGCCUCUUGGCUGCCUUCCCUUCUCGGUUCCUUUCUUCCUCCUUGAAGCUCCUAUCCCACCCAGGUUCUUCUGGAACUAGCUCUUAGCUUCUGUGCCCUUUGGGCUCCUAAUGGCCAGUAUUCCGCCCCUGAGGGGCGUGAGUGCUCAUACGGCAUUUUCCACGAACUACUAAGAGCCACAAUCCAGUAUGCAACUAGACAGCCUUAGCAUCAAAUAUAAUCUGUGGUGCUGAGUGUUGUGCCUCUGUUCAUGGUCCUUGUAGGCAUGCUACAUUCUGCAGAUGUGGCAGAGUAGAAUUUGGCUGCAGAUGGCACAUGAUAGGGUGGCUCUGGCUGCAGAAUGCUGGUUGCCCUCAGUGCCAUAAGGCUGGCUUGUGUCUGGACCUUUCCAUCCUUAUUCCCCUUUGAUUCCUUCCCUGCUUGUCCGCAGACUCUCUAGGCAGUCCACAGGGGGUGGGGCAGGGGGAGAAGCGGCUUCUACCAAAAUCAGUCUCUUGCCUUCCUCCUUCAUGUUUUCUUCAGGCCUGGAGCCAAGCUAAGCCACUGCAAGGGGGCACCAUAGGGGAAUAGGCCCACUGCUACUACCUAUUGUGUUGUUCCUCUUCCCGCCCUCCCCCCCCCCCCCGCACUUUAUGUUACUUACAUCAAGAGACAUUUCUAGGAAAUCUAAUUUUGUAUUUGAUGUGAAUAAAGUUUUUGUGUCGCGUUUGUGCAGCUGCA